GUACCCGUGAUGUUUGACAUAACCGUCAAAUAUUCAUUAAAAACUCGUCAUUACUCAUGUCAAAUCUCUUCACACUAUUAUGCAAUGCUUUGAAAAUUGUGCAGCCAUGUCGCUGUUUGGCCUACACCCGAGCAUCUACGAUCAAGAUCAAAAGGCUCCCGUAUAAUAACAGCAUUUACACAGUAGAAAAUCCAGAAAUGCAGACCAAGCAACGCAGACGGUGUAGGAAGUUCAAAAAGGUCAUCAACACGGUGAUUCAACAACAGGAGUUGAGGAACAAGUUUCCCGCAGACCAUGGGGUAUAUGAUUAUGAACAAAGAAGACAACCGAGAUUAUAAAACAACAAAAAUGGGAGCUGUGGUUUAAAUAUUUUGGUAAGGCCCAACAUGAUGGUUUCAAAAAGUAACAUCCUGACAGAUCAAACCUUACAAAUCAUCAACGUGAAAGUAGUCAUAAGACAUUCGAACCAAGAAAGAGCUACCGACUAUGGAUGGCAACAGGGAGACCUUAAGUCGGAGGAAACCCGCCUUCCUUCACAAUAAUACACCAGGACUGUCAAGGCAAAUAGGGAGGCUUAGAAUAAAGAGGUUUUAAAUGAAUCCACAACUAUGUAUGAUGCUGGAAGAAAUCAAUACAUAAUAUUGUCGCUCUCAAA